CAGUCAUCUGAUUCUUUUCCUGUCCCACCCUCUACCGGACAGACGGGAAGAGUUCACGGUAAACGGGCUGAACACACCGACCUCACGAGCUCCUGCGAGCCGCGCGAAUGAAGACGAUCGACGCCGAGCGGCAGAAACGACGCGACGCCAUUAGACCAGCGGGACGCGAUCAGCCGCUUCCUGCUCCAGCCGCUCGGGAAGAAGUUCCAGAACUUGAGCAGAACUUCAGAACCCGGUCAGACCCGCGAUGACCGGUCCGGACGGGGAAACCUGACGACGCGAUCCGAGCCAGCGCGUUUCUCAGCGCGAUUCUCUGCGCGUUUGGCCGCGAGUCGAAGCGGCUUUUCCUGCCAUUCUUCUUCUGAGCGCUUCCUGCUCGGGCAAAACCACCAGCAGCUAAAAAUACUCAGCCCUCAAUGGAGCCCUGAGCACAGACUUCAGCUCUCCAGGGCCGAUGCGUCUCCGCUCGCUUGGGGCUUUUAGAAGGACUUGAGAUCUAGUCGAGAUGUUUUCCUCUCUUAUGUGAUGUUUUCGGAGGAAAGGCUCCUGGAGUGACUGAUUUGGCGUCUACAUGGGGAUCGAUGUCUGAUGGAGACUCUUCCACCGAUGAUCUGGGCGUACAGGGUUGUGACGAACCCACCUGAACUUCAACAUUCUUCUGAUUUCACUCAAAGUGCCUUGUAAACUCUCGAUGGAGCCGCUGAAGAACAUAUUUUCGCGCGGGCCGCUGUCCACCUGGAAGAGCCUGGAUCAGACUCAGAAGGGCAACUUCACCAACCCGGUUUGGACCGCUCUGUUCGAUUACGAGGCUUCGGGGAAAGACGAACUCACGCUGCGUAAAGGGGACCUAGUGGAGGUUCUGUCUCUGGAUUCGGAGAUAUCCGGAGAUGAAGGAUGGUGGGCGGGAAAGGUCAACAACAAGGUAGGAAUCUUCCCCUCCAACUACGUCUCCUUCAAGCCCAGAGCUUACGGGGAGCUGCAGAGCUCUGGUUUGGGACCGAGCGAGUUGGAGCCGGAGACGGUGGAUUUCAGCGAGUUGAGUCUGGAGGAGGUCAUCGGGGUCGGCGGCUUCGGGAAGGUCUAUCGAGGGACCUGGAAGGGCGAGUUGGUGGCGGUGAAGGCGGCCCGUCAGGAUCCGGAUGAGGAUAUCAGUGUCACGGCCCAGAACGUCCAGAACGAGGCCCGACUCUUCGCCAUGCUCCAGCACCCCAACAUCAUCGCUCUCAAGGGGGUCUGCUUGCAGGAGCCCAACCUGUGCCUGAUCAUGGAGUACGCGUCUGGCGGGCCGCUGAGCCGGGCCCUGGCUGGACGACGGAUCCCGCCGCACGUUCUGGUCAACUGGGCGGUGCAGAUCGUCCGAGGGAUGCAGUACCUGCACAACGAGGCCCUCGUCCCCGUCAUCCACCGAGACCUCAAGUCCAACAACAUUCUGCUGGCCGAGCCUGUGGAGAAGGACAGCAUCGAGGGUAAAACCCUGAAGAUCACAGAUUUCGGUCUGGCCCGUGAGUGGCACAAGACGACGAAGAUGAGCACGGCGGGAACCUACGCCUGGAUGGCUCCGGAGGUCAUCAAAUCAUCCACCUUCUCCAAAGGCAGCGACGUCUGGAGUUAUGGUGUGUUAUUAUGGGAGCUGCUGACCGGAGAGGCUCCCUACAGAGGGAUCGAUGGUCUGGCCGUGGCUUACGGGGUCGCCGUGAACAAACUGACUCUUCCGAUCCCGUCCACCUGCCCAGAGCCUUUCGCCCAGCUCAUGUCCGAGUGCUGGGAUCAGGAUCCUCACCGGCGGCCCAGUUUCUCCUCUAUCCUGCAGCAGCUGACGGCUCUGGAGGAGCAGGUGAUGGACGAGAUGCCGCAGGACUCCUUCCACUCGCUCCAGGAGGACUGGAAACUGGAGAUCCAGGACAUGUUUGAUGAGCUGCGGGCCAAAGAGAAGGAGCUGCGGUGUCGUGAGGAGGAGCUGAAGCGCGCGGCGCUGGAGCAGAAGUCUCACGAGGAGUUCCUCCGUCAGCGCGAGCAGCAGUUAGCUCAGUGGGAGCAGGACGUGUUCGAGCGAGAGCUGUCUCUGCUCAUCCUGCACCUCAACCACAACCAGAAGCCCAACGUCAAGAAGCGCAAGGGAACCUUCAAGAAACACAAGCUGAAGGUGAAGAACGGAGAGAAGAUCAGCAUGCCGCAGGAUUUCAUCCAUAAGAUCACGGUCCAGGCGUCUCCGUGUUUGGAGAAGAGACGUAAUUCUCCGGAUCUGGGCUCGCCGUCCAUCGGUCCGCGCUUCCGAGCGAUACAGCUGAGUCCCAGUGAGAGUAAGUGGAGCUCGCCGCUGGAGUCUCUUCCUCUCAAACAGACCAACGGCGAGAGAAGAUUCGCUCCACAUCUGAGCCCCAAAAGCCCCAAGAGUCCAAAGAUCCUCCGUCUGAGCGCGCAGGAGAACAGUCUGUCGAUGAGAGCCAAACUCCUGGAGGUGGACAGUAAUGAGAGAGAGGACUCCAGAGCUGACUUUGAGGAGUACAGACCCAUCACACCAGAGUCCAGCCACAACGAGGGCUCCGAGAGCGAGGAGGGCUCGUCCCCGUGCGGGUCUCCCAGGCCGGAUCCCCCGGGGCCGGUGUGUCGGGGCCCGAGCACACACCGCGCUCUGCUGGGCAGCGCCGCCCUGCUGGCGUCCGUGGCUCUGGGCCGCUGUGUGGAGCCGCAGCAGCCGCCCGCCCCCCCGCCGAGGGCCUCGUCCCGGACGCACCUGCCGGAGCCCGAGGCCGUGGGGGACCUGAUCAGCUUCAGCACCGACUCGCUGCCGCGGGGCUUCCUGGACUCGCUGCGGCCGCCGGCCCCGAUCCCGCGGGAGCGCCGGGCCCUGCAUGCUAACGGAGCCGCCGAGGGCCCGCCGCUGAGCGGGGAGCGCAGGAGGAGGAGCAGCUCCGGACUCAGCUCCUCACAGCUCAUCCUGGAUCUUCCUCUGUGUCAGGACACGUUGGAGUCCGAGGACAAGUCUCCGCUGCCGUUUGCCCUGUAUCCCGACCCUCGCUUGUGGAGCCCUAAAACCCGGCGCUUGGAGGUCAACAUCGUCCCCCGGCCGCGCCCGUCCCCGAACCGGCCCCGCAUCGACCCGUGGAGCUUCGUGUCGGCCGGGGGCCCGGACAGACCCGGGGUCAAGACGGCGGUCAGCAGCCCCAGCAGCCCUCGCCUGACCUUCCAGCCCUCACCCACCAACCCCUUCACGAACUGCGACCCCUUCCCUUCCCCGGACUGUGACCCCUUCAACCUGAGGCUCCACCCCGCGCUCCACUCGGACCACGCCUCCACCUUCGACCCGUUCUCGGCCCCGUUCCCCACCUCGCGCUCGGCGCCCUGCUCCACCAACGGCAGUCCCAACCUGUCCCUGCGGGUGGCGCCGCUGAACCCGGCCGACUCCCCGCUCAUAGACCUGGGCUGGGCGGGCGGCCCCAAGGAGAGGGUCCAUCCUCACCGGAGCCUGGGCCUCAGCCCGUUCAGAUCGCCCGCGCCGCUCCGAGACGACCGCUUCUGACCCUGCUGUGUCGAAGGCUCUGCGAUCGCUUGGUCUCCUCGGCCUCUCGCUGCGCUCUAAUCGUCUCAAACGUGAUGCAGUCAGUGUCAAAAGAUUUCAGUGAUUCCUCGUUUCUGUUGGCCUGAGCGAGAAUCCUUUACUCAUUGAAUACAGCGCUGACCCAAACCAUUAGAACACUACAACUUUCAGUCACUUAUUUCUAUCUGUUUCUAUCCAUUUGCAGACAUUCAGUCAGUUAAUUGUAAUAAUCCGGUGAGAUUUAUGUCUGAUCUGAUCAUCUUCGGUCUGUCUGGAGACACACGCUUCAAGAAAGAUCCCUGCAAAGAUGCAGAACCGUUUUAGUCCGUCGUCUUCCUGUAAAUACCUGUAUUUUUAUCUGGUGAAAGCGCUAGUGUUCUAAUAUUUUUGGCCACCGCUGUAGAUGCCAAAGAUUGGAGGAUGUUUUUGUGUUGAAGUCAAGUAACAAUCGAGCAGGUGUUUGGGCAGGAGAAGUGCACUUUUAAGUAGACUUAGACAUUCCCUUAAUCUCUGGUCUACACGAGCAGACAGAAGAAGAGGAGAUUAGGAAACCUCAAACUCAUGUUAUACAUCCCGUCAUGUUGGUUAUAGAAUAAUAGUCAAAAGCAAUACGUAAACCCAAACGUUUUCAUUUAAAAUAAUAGCUAAACAUUCUCGAAAUGAGAUGCAUUUAAAAGAAAUACAUUUUGUUUCUCAAACCUCACUCAGUCUGUCUGAGUCAGAAGUUCAUGCAUGCGGUUCUACAUGAGUACACCUUUCCUGUUGAUGAAAAAUGACUGCUUUUCUGAUUAAAUGAUUAACUGAUUUUAUGCAUAAAACAAGAACAAAACUGUUGUUGAUAGGAAAAGCAAACUUAAAGUGUGUUUUUCUUACUCUAGCUCCUGGUUUCACAGACAGGCCGGAAACUUGAUCUUAAAACAUCUCAGUGCCUCUGUUUUCUCUCAAGAUGCAAAAAAGUCAAGUUUAAAAAAAUGACUCUCCUGACUGAAGUAUGGCUUACUGUAAACCUCAUCUGAAAAAUCAGGCCUAUACUUUCUCUUGUUUUAAGCUUAAAAUGGACCUUUUUUAUCGCAAAACAAGACUUAUGAGACGAUAAAACAAAUGUUUUUAAUUUAAUUGCAAAUUUUCAUCUUUUUCUUUUCACAAUUGACUUUUUGUUUUUUGGGGUUUUUUUUUGUGUCUUGCCAUUUUUUUUUUUUUUAUCUCUAAAAAUCAGAAUUGUGAGAGAAAACAAAUCUGAAUUCUGAGUGCAUCUGGCAACUCUAUAAUAGAGGAAAAAAGACCCAGAAUUGCAAGAUAUUAACUGGGGAAAAAAAUUUAGAUGCAAACGUAUAAAAUAAAUACAAAUUAUAAGACAGAAAUUCAGAAACCUGAGGUGAAAAGUUUCCAUUGAUUUGUGGGAUUUCUUCCAUAGAAUAAACUUCAGCUUAUAACUUGAAAUUGUGAGGAAAAAGUUGCAAGGUGUAAAAGGAAAAAACUAUAUAUAUAUAUAUAUAUAUAUCUGAGGAAAGGAUAUAACUAAAAUAUAUAAAGAAAUAAUUAGUUAAUAUCUUGUGAUAUAAAUGUAUAAUUGUGAAUGACUUGUGUGUGAUGGUGUUAGUUGGGUCAGAUCAGAUGUUUCUGCUCGUGAUGAAGAUGAUCGUGUGAAAUCACAAGCAGAAGAUCGCAGUGAAUGAAGCUAAUCGCAAGCUAUUAAUAUUUAUUACAGAGGCCUUUAACACACUGGAUUCGAGAGAUUUUAAAGGGGUGGAGACACAGUCCAUCUUAGGAUGCUUUAGUAUAUUGUUUAUUGAGGAAUAUCUCUAGGUUUUGUUCUUCACUGGAGUCUGUGGAGUUAUGGGUGCUGCAAAGGGACAAAGCUGUCUUUUACCAUGUCAGAAAUACAAAGACUUGAUCGAAAAGAGAAAUAUCUGAACAGUUUUUCCUUGAAAAUCUUCUUUUGUGCUCGUUGUUAUUUGACCGAAACACUCCAGGCGUCUCUCAGGACAGACGGAUGUCUCAGGACGCUCGUCUUCCACUACCUGCGAAAACCCGCCGCUUGCAGGAGCAUCUUCUUUUUCAUGUUGAUUCAUGUUUUAUUGUAAGCUUAUUGAGAUAUAUUCAGUUCUGGUGAAGCCCGUAUAACAUCUGCCGUGUGUGUGUGUGUCUGUGUGUGUUUGUGUGCGUGCGUGCGUGUGUGUGUGUGUUAUUCUCAAUGGGCUGGGCCUAAUCACUCCAUUACUGUGUGUGUGUGUGUGUGUGUGUGCGCUGGAUGAUGUGUGUUUCUGUGUUAAAGAAGGUGUGAGUGUUUAUUUUGCUAAUUGUAAUGGGUUUUAACCUGUGGAACUUUUAAGAUUAAAUAAAAAGAGAAAAAGGAGCAAGACCAAAUAAAAUGUAACACGACUCUAAA